GCUUUUCGGGACCGACCUCUUCGCCCUCGGUUGGCAGUACUCACGUCCUCCCACUUCUUGCAAAAUUCCACGACACGUUUGAUUCUGUUUCCCAUUACCUACGCCCAAUCUCUGCUUGCUAGCAGUAUGACUUCACCACGAGACGACAUUUACGGUUCAGCAAGUCAGGCUAUACGAGCCAUGCGAGGGACAACGAGGGACAGUCCUCAGUUCUUGUCUCAUCCAAUUAUGCCCCAGCCUGCUCCUCUGUCUUUGCACCAUACUCAGCUGCCAUAUCCAAGAGGCCUGGAAUGGUCCAGAACUAGGUCUCAACGGCCGCCACGGCACGCAACAGGCUCUAUGCUUAUGCAUCAGUCCAGAAAAAGGGCUGGUCGAGGACAGGGCUCGAACAAGUGGCGCUUCCACAGAACCAAGGCAAAUUUCAGAGAGGCCCUCUACUCAGGCAAGUACUGUGCCUCUUGUUUAAGACCAUGAUCGAAAGUAACAAGCCAGGAUGAAGACGACUCAGGAUUUGGCCAUUGCCCCUCUGUGCCCACUGGACAAGGCGCGCCAUAUACGCAACAGCCUGAAAUUUCAAAUCCUCAAGAGCUCUUUUUGGCUCCAUCACCAAUAGGGCGUGGGACUCAUCCAACGGGAGAUAUGCAUCAAGGAUUCCGUUCGAAAUUUGGUAAAGUCAGUUCGACAUGUACAAAGCAGGGCCCAGAAAUUCCUGAUGUAUUGUAUAUCGAUCGUAAUGGGAAGGCUCGUGUCCGUUCUGUCUUGUGGAAAAUGGGUUUUGCAUGCAAUGGCAGAGUACUUUCAUAAACUUUGGAACUGCUUUGUACAAUUUGAAAAUUCAUUCGCAUUCUAGCUUG